UAAGUGUUGCACAGUAAUGCAUUCUGGUUUGUACAUGUAGAGUUUGUAAAUGCUGACAUGCUUUGUGUGCGUCCACAGAAAGCCUCCCUGUGACUCAGCUGUUCCCAGAAUUAGGCAAUUCAAAAACAACACGACUAGGCAGAGGUCAUGGCAGAUUCUUGCCCAGACACCGUUGAUGGUGAGAUUAUAGGUGUUUCCGAGGAACAGCAGCUAAAAACAACCAAAAAUGAGGACUUUGAUGCUGCUAGACCACACGACAAGGAAAUCAGCCAAAAAGAGGGUGACACCAAUACUGAGCAAUCCUCCGGGAGCAUUUCUCACCUCAUGAAAGAUGGCCUCACAACAUGCAAAGAACCUCCUACAACCACAGCGUCUCUUGAAGAUGAUGCUAAUGCAGCUCAGUCCGUGACCAGUAAAAGCCAAGACAAAACCGAUGAAUCUGAGAUCCUCAAUAGCCAAUCUUACACGCCCAGCCAAUCAGAGGUGACGCCCACUUUCUCCAUGGCCAGCCUGGAGUUCUCCGAGGAGACUAAUGGGAUUCCUCCUGAUGGAGCUUUGAUUUCGUCCAAAUCUGCUCAGGAUGGCAACCAAGUCCCCUCUCAGGGGAGCGGAGGGGCCUGUGCGGGGGCUGCGAGGGCAUCAGAGCCUAGCAUGCCGGCAUGUUAUUUUGUCAAGUGGAUUACCUGGAAAGAGAAGAAGACAGCCAUUAUCACACAGAGCGAGAACGGACCCUGCCCCCUGAUUGCCAUCAUGAACAUCCUGUUGUUGCGGUGGAAGGUAAGCCAUUUAGCAUUACCUGCUCGUCAUAGUCGAGCUGUUGAGUACAAAUACAUGGAGCAAAGCAAGUACAUUAUAUGUGCUGUUUGAUAAGGCAAGCAUCACUUAUACUAUUCGAACACUGUUUGUUUUACUGAUGUGAAAGUUACUUUGAAUUUUGCAAGUCAUCUGACAUGAUUUUCACCUGGUGAACAAUAACUGGACCAAAA